AACUAUCAAGUACUAUCACCUAUCAGCAACUAUCAGUGCCCUCAAAUUGAUCGUAUAGUUUGUGGUAUAAUGGCUUAUAUACGUGGCUCAUUGGAGUGUAACUGCCAGGCGCCAGUCAUCUAGUCCAGCAUUAAUACAACAAUAAUAAAUUUAUAAAUAAAUGUGUUAAAUUUUAACAACCUAAUGUGAAAAUAAAUAUCAUUUAUCAUUCUGAUAAUUACAUAUUAUCAUUUGCUCAGUUACAAAAAAAAUAAUUGACCAUGCACGAAGGAUUGAGAUUUCGUCUAAAAAAGCCAAACAAAUCCAAGGAAAAUAUUUAUGAUUUAUCAAAAUUACCAAAAGGAAAAAGAAAAAUAGAUUACAUUUAUGAUACUCAACAUCUUGUAUUAGUUAUAUUAUUUUUAAUAUUUGUAUCAAUACUUGUUAUAAUAUUUGAAAAACAAUUACCAGAUGCAAGAUAUAUUGACAAUGAAGAUAUUUAUUCUGGUCGUUUUAUUGCUGAACGUGCAAAAAAUCAUCUUAUUAAUUUAACAUCAAUUGGGCCAAGAGUAUCUGGAAGUUAUGAAAAUGAAAUAUUGGCUGUGAGAUUUUUUAAUAAUACAAUUAAUAAUAUUAUUAAAGGAUCAAAUAAAAAUUUUAAUAUAAUAAUUGAUAUUGAUAGAUACAGUGGUUCAUUUCCAUUAAAAUUUUUAGAUGGUAUGACAAAUGUUUAUAGAAAUGUACCAAAUGUUAUUGUUAAAAUUGAACCUAAAAAAUUAACUAAAACAAGUUUAUUAUUAAAUUGUCAUUUUGAUACAUUUAUUGACAGUCCCGGUGCAUCUGAUGAUGGUGCUGGAUGUGCUGUUAUGCUUGAAAUAUUAAGAAUAAUAACACACAGUACAAUACCCCUAAAACAUAAUAUAAUAUUUUUAUUUAAUGGAGCUGAAGAAAAUAUAUUACAAGCAUCACAUGGUUUUAUAACACAACAUAAAUGGUCAAAUGAAAUUAAAGCAUUUAUUAAUAUUGAAGCAUGUGGUGCUGGUGGACGUGAAUUAUUAUUUCAAGCUGGUCCAGAAAAUACAUGGAUUGUUGAAAUUUAUUCAAAAACAGUACCAUACCCAUAUGCAUCAUCAUUAGCACAAGAAAUAUUUCAAAGUGGUAUUAUUCCUGGUGAUACAGAUUUUCGAAUAUUUCGAGAUUUUGGAAAAGUAUCUGGUGUUGAUUUUGCGUGGUCUAAAAAUGGCUAUGUAUAUCAUACAAAGCUUGAUAAUGUUAAUCAAGUACCACUUGAAUCACUUCAAAGAACUGGUGAUAAUCUUCUUGCUUUAUCACAACAAAUAAUUAUUGGUGAUUAUUUAGGAAAUAAAACACUUCAACAAACAAAUGAAAGUCCAGUAUUUUUUGAUUUUAUUGGUGCAUUUGUUAUUUGUUGGCCUCAAUAUAUUGCUAAAAUUGUUAAUUUAAUAAGUUUAAUUAUACAAAUUUAUUCAAUUUAUCUUAAUGUCAAGUGUGCUAAUAAAGAAAUUAAAAGUUCAACAUACAUUAAACAAGUUAUGUAUUGUAUUGGUAUUAUAUUAAUAUCAUGGUUGUUAUCACUGAUAACAGUUACUUGCAUUGCUUUGAUAUUAACUAAACUUGGAAAUGUCAUGAGUUGGUAUGCAAGACCAACUUGGCUAUUUUUUUUGUACAUUUGUCCAACAAUUUCUACAUCAAUGAUAUGUUUUUUAUUUGCUGGAAGUCGUCAAAAAAAAGUUGUCAAAUCAUCAUGGAUAUUAUAUCACAUGUAUUGUGAUGCUUACAGUGUAAUGUGUAUGGUUGCACUUUUAGCAUGUGUUAUUAUGGAAAUUAGAUCUGGAUUUAUUCCUUUACACUGGAUUAUUUUUCCAGCUGUUGGAAAUAUUAUAAGACAUGCUUUUCUCUACAAAUGGAAAGACUGGAAAUGGCUGUGUUAUCAAAUUGGAAUUUUAAGUAUACCAUAUAUACAGUCAUUUUAUUUGGCAAUUGGUGCUCUUUAUCUUUUCAUACCAAUUAUGGGAAGAUCAGGUGCCAGUAUCAACUCAGAAGUCAUUAUUGCAAAUAUGCUGUCAAUUUUAUUCUGUCUUUUGCUAAGUUUUACGAUGCCAAUGGUGAUACUAGUUAAAAAUGCAGAACGAAUUGUAAGCUUGAUAACUGGGCUGUAUCUUAUUUCAGCAGCUGUUCUUAUUCUUACACCACUUGGUUUUCCAUACAGUGAUGAUAUUGAAUCACCAGCACCACAACGUUUUAUGAUUGUUCAUGUUCAAAGACAGUAUUAUGAUUUAAGUGGAACUCUUCAACAUUCAGGAACUGGUUUUUGGAUUGCUGAUUUAGAUAUGAAUAGUCCACAUAGUUUAAAUGACAUUGUACCAGAAAUUGAUGUUGCUGUAUCAACAGCUAAAGAUUGUAUUGAACAUUUAUUUUGUGGUUUACCAUAUUUAUUACCUGUUACUUCAUUUUUAUGGAAAACAAGUUGGAUACCUGGACCAUCACCAUUCAUACCAACACCAACAAAAUUAGAUGUUAUAUCAAAAACAUUUAACAGAGAUACUGUUACAUUUAAUUUUAAUGUAACAGGUCCAGAUCAUAUUGGAAUAAUAAUAUCUCCAUAUAAAAAAAUUGAAUUAAAAAAUUGGUCAGUUGUUGAUGAUAAUGUUAGAGUACCAGCUGAAAAAUGGAAUGACAGAGAAGUAUAUUUUAUUUACUAUGCAUGUGCAGCUGAUUGUAUUCCUUAUAAUUUUUCAAUUGAUUUAAAAAUACCAAAUAAUUAUCGUGGUCCAUAUUUAACAAUUGCAUUAGCUGGUCAUUUUAUGCAUGGCAAAUAUAAACAAUCACAAAGAUUUAAAAAAUUUGUUAAUCAAUUUCCAUCUUGGACAGUUACAACUUCAUGGACAGCUUCAUACAGUUCAUGGGAACUUUAAUGAUAAUUUUAAAAUUUUAUAGAUCAAAUGAUUAAUAUAUUACAAGCAUUUAUUUAACAAAUUAUUAACAAAUAAAUCAUUAAUUAUUAUAGUCAUAUUAAUAUAGAUUAUAAAUUAUCAAAUUAAUUUAACGCGAACGUAGUUUGCUUGUGAAUAUUUUGUAAUAAAAAAUACAAUAUAUUAACAAUAUAAUGUUCAUAAUUUGAAUAGUAUUGUAAGUAUGCUGACGAAAUUAUAUAAUGAAAAAAAAAUAUAGAAAAUAUAGAUCAACAAAAGAUUCUCAUAUAGGUUGCUAAAAAAAAAAUUUUAUAUUUAGCUCUGCAUUGGCAGCAAAGUGCAGGGUAAAGCUCAAAUGGAGUUAAACAAUAGCUUCAAGUUAUAUUUAUAGAUAUAGUACAAAAAUCAAUUAUCAAUUUAGUAUGUUAACUUGAUUUUAUUUCGAAUUUUUCAUUGCUAUUAUUAAUUAAAUAAAUUAUUACGUUCUAUUAUUGUCAUUUUAUUUCUAUAAGAAAUAAAAUAUUUUUCAUUAAUUUAUUAUUAAUAAAAGUUAAUAUCUACUGUGCAAUAAAAAUGUCAUAGACAAAUCAUACAGUAGGCUGAACUUUUAGAAAUAAUAGCACAAUUAUUUAACUCGAAAUUAAUUAACCAAAAUAAAAUCUGUGUCAAGAAAAAAA